AUGAACUCACCACCUCUUCUUCUUCUUCAGCAAUCUCUCCCGCCAAUAUCCCCCACUGAAAAUCUAAUUCAACUGAAAUCUCCACUCACGGUGCACAAUAGCACACCCGGCGCACGAACACCUGCAUCAUCAUCAUCAUCACUUUGUUAUAUAAGAGCUUGCUCUGGUAAAACAACAAGAAGAGUAGGAAGAGGAGGAAGAGGAAACCCAGAUGACUACCAUGCCACUCUCACUGCUCUCAACUCCAAAGGCCGCUUCCCUAGAAAAUCCCUCGGCCAGCAUUAUAUGUUGGAUUCUGAGAUCAAUGAGCAGCUCACUGCUGCGGCUAAUGUUGGAGAAGGUGAUGUGGAUCCACACAUGGCUACUCUUGUGAGUGAAAGAUUUUCAGAGACUGAACGGUUCAAGGUUUUGAAAGAGGACUUUGUCAAAUGUCACAUUCACUCUCAUAUGUCAUCAUUGUUGGCAAGUAUAGAGCCAUCCAGUGCAGAUUCAAGAUAUGCGAAAAUGCAUGCUAAUUUCGCAACAUUCCGUGCUCAAAUGGAAACACUUGCUCUUUUCUCUGUUUACAAAUAUCCUAAAAUAUGGCCUAUUUGA